AGGUGUCAGUCGCCUCUCCUGCCGCUGUGACUGACAUGUUCUCCAUCUUGACGGGUCGCUCUUCAGAGGAGACACUGUUCACGGCCGAUUUCCAGCUGCCGAUCGUCUAGAAAGUUAUAACAGCUCCGGAAUUGUUCAAUAGUAGCAGCGGAAAACACUUUGAAAUAAGUCUGAUGGCGCGGUGGACAAUACUUUUGUUUACUUUAUACGGAGUUCUGCACGGACAAGAGAUUCAGACUCCUACUUUACAAGGGUGCUGUCAGGAUGGGAGGGAUCGGGCCCUGAGAGGACAAGACUGUACAAUCCUCCCCCUCAUCUCCUCUUCCCACACCUGCAGGAUUGGCCAGGAGCAGUGCUGUGAAGCAGCAGUGGGAGACCAGCUCUGUGACAAUGGCAUCAAGAUGGCCCGGGGUCAAGGAGCCUGCGAGAGGCCUUUCUUCCAAGGAGACCCCUGGGAAACCAAAAUCUCCAAGAUGUGUUGUGACUGCUGUGUGCUCGGUCUGAUGCUAGCCAGCCGCGGCUCGAGCUGCGAGCUCCAGGGUUUGUUGCUGGGGAGACAGUGCGCACACUCGGCUCAAACUUGCUGCGGCAAAAACACAACAGAGGGAAUCGAACCCACUGUUGAAGUGACAGAGAAGUCAGGGACCAGUGUUACUGCCAAACCUCCAACGGAAGUGGACGCCUGUAUAGACUCCAGUUGUUCCCAGUUGUGUGCGGAUAAUGGCACAUGUGCUUGUCAUGAUGGUUACCAAAUGCAAAAGAAUGGAGUGAAUUGUGAGGAUGUUAAUGAGUGUCUGACUAACAGUCACAACUGUGUGUACGGCCAAGUCUGCAUCAACACAGAGGGCUCCUUUCGCUGUCAGAGGGAAACUGGCUGUGGCACUGGGUAUGAACUCACGGACGACAACAAAUGUCAAGACAUAGAUGAGUGUUCUUUGGGGACCCACAAUUGCGGGCCGGAUUUUCUUUGCACCAACACCGAAGGCUCAUUCCGUUGCCGGCCAAAGGAGAGUUGUGGAGACGGUUACAUUCAGGAUGCCGUGGGCAGCUGUAUAGAUAUAAAUGAGUGUCUGACCCGUACAACUCCAUGCCUGCCUGGCCAGACUUGUAUCAACACAAUGGGCUCCUACACUUGUCGCAGGAACACAGUGACCUGUGGAAGAGGCUACCAUCAAUCAGAGGAUGGAACACGUUGUGAAGAUGUAAACGAGUGCCGUACAGGAAAUGUGUGUGUUGGCCAUGGUUGUGUAAACCUGGUGGGCUCGUACCGCUGUGAAUGCAAAAUUGGCUUCAUUUUCAACAGCCUCACCAAGAUGUGUGAAGAUAGAAAUGAGUGCAGGCAUUAUCCUGGGCGACUCUGCGCACACAAGUGUGACAACACAGAAGGGUCCUACAUGUGCAGCUGCACCUCCGGCUUCAAACUCUCCCAUGAUGGCAGGAACUGUGAAGAUAUCAACGAGUGUGAUGCUAACCCUUGCAGCCAAGAGUGUGCCAACGUCUACGGAUCCUACCAAUGCUACUGUCGCCGUGGUUACCAGCUGAGUGACAUAGAUGGGAUAACAUGUGAAGAUAUUGAUGAGUGUGCUUUGCCAACCGGAGGUCAUGUCUGCUCAUACCGCUGCUCUAACGCUCCAGGAAGCUUUUAUUGUACCUGCCCACCCAGCGGCUACACACUCGCCUCCAAUGGACGGACAUGUCAAGAUAUUGAUGAAUGUGCUGUUGGGAGCCACACAUGUUCUGUCUCUGAAAGCUGCUUCAACAUCCUGGGAGGAUUUCGCUGCCUUUCCUUUGCAUGUCCUGCAAACUUCCGGCAAGUCGCAAAAGGACAAGAUACUUCAGUCAGUGUGCGUUGUAUUAAGGCCUGUCCACCUAACGACAUCGGCUGCAAUCUGGACCCCGUCCACCUCAUCACCCACACCAGCAUCUCUUUGCCCACCUUCAGAGACUUCAGUGGCCCAGAGGAAAUCGUUUUCCUGCGGACAGUUGCGGUCGCUAACCCUGCUCCUCUCCCUGAUGCCACGGACAUUUUCUUUGACAUCCUGACUGCAGAUCCCCAGUUAUCUUUUGACGUGUCGAAGCGCUCCCACCUUGGCAUGAUCAUGGGUGUGGUCCGGCAGGUAAAGCCUAUCAUUGGCCCCAAGGAUUUUGUGCUGGAGGUGGCCAUGAACUACGUCAAGUCCGGGAUCAUUUCACAUCGCAAUGUUGUCAUCAUCCAUGUCUUCAUCUCUGAGUUCUGGUUCUGAAACAAGCUUAGAGAUAAAUGGAAAAAGAAAUAAGAUAUAACCUCUUCAUUUCUGGAGGUCUAGACUUCUAUUGCAAAACACUGGGAAACACUUUAAAUGUCAUGUCAAUGCUGUGGAAUGCUGAAUUGAUAUACUUCAAAUAAAUCACUGGAAUUUGUUAAUUUGCUACUGUUUGAUAUCAUGAAAACAGUUUGCAAAUCACUCAUUUAGUAACAAUACAUCUUUGCUAUUUGAAACACAAUAUGUACUAAUAAAAAGAAGGGAACUAACAAAAUAUACAAGUCAAUGAGUGAGAAGUACCGGUAAGUGGAUGUAUUAAAAAGUGUUAAUCCUGUUUAACGUUUUAGUUUAGCACAGUGGUUUUUAACUGGUCUAGCCUCAGGACCCACCACCAACUCCUUCAUGAAAAAUCGCGACCCAAAUUUCAGAUAUUUUUCAACCAGUCAGAUUUGUGCAAUGAAAUAUUGUGCAGUUUGCACCUCAGACGGUACAAAACGUGACAGCACUCCAUAGACUUUUUGACACAAUAUUUUUUCUAGGCACACAUUGGCGACCCACUAAAAAUGUCUUGGUGACCCACUUUUGGGUCCCGACCCACCAGUUGAGAAACGCUGGGUUAGCAUAUUAGAAUGCUAAAAUUGGAUAAUUCUCUCUUAAUUCAUACAGGAGUGACUAAUGGUAAUGUUUUAUGAUCAAAAAACAAUGACUAGGAGUUUUUACUCAAAAAAAAAGAAAACUACAAGCUCUUUAUUAUCUUAUCAGUAAUUCACUCAGACUAAGAUCUUUUUCUCAUGGCUGUCAUAAGAGGUGACGGUUGGUUGACCCAAGGAACUGUUUGAUAGUUGCUCUUUUUCAUGCUUCAUUUGACAUUAAAAAGCUACAUGUAUGGAUUAUAUUACAACAGAAAUAUGUGUUUUGCGCGAUCAGACUAUAGGUCCAUCUGUGGAUAAUAAAAUGUGGUGAAUUGUG